UUGAUAUUCUGCAUACGGCUAUCAGAGACGGAUGUCGUCGGAGGCCAAAUCCGUGUUAGCCAUGCUAUCCGUACUUCUACUUUUAUUUUGCGCCGUUGUCAGCGUCCUGUCAAGUCCAGCUAUAAGCCUGACCCAAUGUAAGACGGACGAUGACGUUUGCACUACCAAAGCAGUGAAUUUGGCGUACCCAUUAAUCCUGGAAGCCAAUCCAGAAAUCGGAGCUGAAUCCAUAGAUCCCUUAUUUCAACCAGAAAUUGAGGGAAAUCUCUCCAUUUUGAAGUUUAAGCUUUUCAAUACAACAGUGACGGGAUUCAAAACAUGCAAUGUUGAGAAUGCUAAAUACAACGAUGAGCAACAAACUUUACGGAUUGACGUUGUGUGCGGCGCAUUUACUUUGAGCGGCACUUAUGACAUCAACGGCCAACUUAUCGUACUGCCGGUUCAAGGAAAUGGAGAUUAUGUUCUUACAACAAAAAAAUACCGUCUGAUCAUUGACGUGGAGCUGAAAACAGUUACCGGAAAAGAUGGUAAGAACUACAGAGCUGUUAAGAACUUCAAAGUGGAAGCAGAUCCUUUGGAACCUGUGAACUAUGAUUUUAGGAAUCUAUUCAACGGACAGAAAGAUCUAGCCGAUACAGUUCUGAAGUUCGCAAAUGAGAACUGGAGAGAAGUCGCUCAUGAAGUGCAGAAUCCAGUGUUUGUAGCAAAUAUAAAGAAAAUGGUGAAAAACGCUAACAAGUAUUUGAAAACUCUACCAAUUGAAGACUACGUACCACAGUAAUAAUAUAAUUUUAUAAAUUUGUUGGAAAGAUGGGUAAAACAACUUAUGGCACAAUGACCAAAGGACAUGC